UGGCAACAGCGUUCCAAUCUUCCAAUCCUCAAUUUUGAGGAAUCACCAUCGCCAUUCUUCACAAUUAGCUUACCGACCAAAUUGCCGCACGUUGUUUCGUGACGCUUCGUACGUCAUUAAUUUACCUCCAGUCGGCGUUCCAAUUGCUUGUUGUAUGAGUCAGAAGACAGAAAAACCCACACUCUCAGGCCAGCGAAUCAAGACUCGAAAAAGGGAUGAAAAGGAGAAGUAUGAUCCUGUUGGAUUUCGAGAUAGUGUUCUUGCAGGAUUUGCUGAAGCUGGUGAUGAUUUGGAGUCCAUCUACAAGUACUUGGACCUUGCUGGAUCCAAGUUAGAUUACCGUCGCUAUGGGGAGGCCCUUUUCGAUAUUCUUAUAGCAGGAGGUUUAUUGGCUCCUGGUGGAACACUGGUACAAGAUGGAAAAUCAUGUCGAACUGAAAGUUGUCUUUUCGGUGGACCUGACUCUAUGGAACAUGUUAAAGGAUGGGAACAGGUUUUUACCAAGUUAAUGCGCCGCUAUAAGUAUUUAGAAAAACUUUUGGAAGAGGAAAUGAAGAAAGUCUUAGUGUACAUAAAAGGAUUUAAUGAUUCAGAGCGUGUUAAACUCGCCAGAAUGACAGCUCUUUGGAUCUCGAAUGGCUCAGUCCCUCCAGCUGUUCUUAAUUCCCUUAUAAAUGAACAUCUGGUCAAGGAUGGAUUGGCCCUUGACUUUUUACUAAUCGUUUUUGUUACUUGGAAGCAAGAGAAAGGAGCUAGCAGUCUUACUACCGCGUUGAGGAAAGCUGGCAUCGAUUCUAGCUUACCGGAAUUUUUCCCACCAAACAAACGAACGGAAGAGAAUUUCAAACUUGUUUUUGAAGAAAAUGGUCUCAUGGAAGUUCUUCGCUUUCAAAAAGCUCAGGCCAAUCAAGGAAACAAGAAGGAUUUGCAAAACCAAUUGGAAGAAGAUAUUAGUGAAAAUAAGCCGGUGAAGGACAUAAUUGCUUCAGUCAAGGAUGCGGUCGUCAAAUUUCAUUUGCAGGAGCAUGAAGUUAUCACUUCGUUGUGGAAUACCGUUAUGGGAGCAGUUGAAUGGAACAAAAAAGAAGAGUUGGUUGCUGAACAAGCGUUAAAGCAUUUACGUCAGUAUGCUCCACUCUUUUCCUCAUUUACGCAAACAAGCCGCUCUGAGCUUGCUCUACUAGUACGCGUCCAGGAAUUUUGCUACGAAAACAUGAAUUUCAUGAAAGUCUUCCAAAAAAUUGUUCUCCUUUUUUACAAAACCGAUGUAUUGUCUGAAGACACCAUUAUUAAGUGGUACAAAGAGGCACAUUCAGUGAAGGGCAAAUCUGUCUUCUUGGAGCAAAUGAGUAAAUUCAUUGAGUGGCUUCAAAACGCCGAAGAAGAAUCUGAAUCUGCUGGAGAUGACUGAGUAAACAAUAUUGAAGCGUUAGCUGCAUUGCUGUUUUCUAGGAUGAAUUGCUCUUGGCACACUCACUUCACAUUUCCUUCUUUUAAUCAAUCUCUUGGAGUUUUUUUUUCCUUUUCUUUGGACGUUCCGUUCUUUACAUUGUUUGAUCAAGUAAAGGAAUCUAUGAAAUUAUUAGCUUCACAAAGGAAAAACAUCUAGUAAUUUUUUUUAAAUUUUUUAUUAUUAUAAUUUGCAUUCCCUUAACCUUAUCACAUUUGUUGGGAAUUCGCUGACGUCUUCUGUACGCACGAUCCCAUCUUUAAAUGCUUUACUUAUCAGUUUGGGUGUGUGGGAUACUCUUUGAGACAAUACAACAAGUUUCACGAUAAAA